UCCAACAAGACCAACAGAACCGGGAGCACAACGGAACGGAAUAGAGUAGAGCAGAACCAUUGGGCCAAACGAAGGUCCCAAAAAGCACACCAACGUCAGGUGGGGAACUUUGUCUUGUUGUAACUGUUGCAUUUUCCAAGCUAUACAAAACCCGCAAUGACAACCUUUUGGAGGGUCGCCCUUGUCUAUGGCUUUCUAGCCUUGUUUCACGGUUUGGGCGCAACCCGCUCGUGCCGCAUUCUAGCAGUCGGUGCCAGCGGUGGCGGCAGCCGUCGCAGCCGUCGCCGGGGAUUUCAGUAUUUUUCGCUCUUGUCGCAGCGCCGCCAUCCACCCAGAGACCCCAAUCCCCCCCCGACGAUCGAAGACCUCGAGGAACAGGCGACCAACAACAACGAGGUCAUCGACGUCGUGCUGGAUCAGAUUCUCGGUGUCAACGGGGGAGUCGUCAUCGACCGAUAUAUUCCAUCCCGAGCGUGGCUCUGGAACCAGUGGUAUGCGAGCGUCUUUUCCAAUGCGAUGAGCACCACAAUCCGGAACAUGGUGGCGUCUUUUGGGUUGUGCUGCCUUAUGCGACGAGCCAUCUUUGGAGACUGGAAGGUUUGGAAGUAUCCGGUUUCUGCUGUUGCUGCAAAGGCCCCGACAGAAGCCCUGCUGCUGCGGUUGUUGGAUGUUUUUGGAACGCUUUGGAGCAGCUUGCUGCCACUUACCACGGUGGUGUUGGCCCUUUUUGUUACCCAGGCCUACAACUUCUGGAUCUCCGUCUACCACCUGUGUCGGAACAUCCAGGGCCGCAUGAGCGACAUCGAGCUGGUGCUCGCCACCAGCGUCGGCCGAAAGACCAACGGCGUGACCCAUCCGAACCUCUUUCGACCGCCCGGUCGCGGGAUUCGAAGGCGCAGGGAAGCAUCUUCGUACACACCGAGCGCAGAAGCCUUCCUCGACGAAACGACCCAUCAGCUGCGCGCCUUCCACGUCCUGUUUUGGGCCUCGCAGGCCCGGCGCUUUCGGAUCCUCCUAACCGACCGUGGGAUGAGCCGCUUGGUUGCCAAGGGGAUACUGGCCCAGCGAGAAAAGGAACUCCUCGAUCUGCAGCUCGGUGUCCCAAAGACCCAAAAACACUGGAUCCUGCUCGAGUCGGUCGCUCUUGGGUGCAGGGAAGCCCGGCAAACGGACAAGAAGACGCGGCGGAGGGUGGUCCUGGAGGGAGGAAACGGACUCGAGCACUGCUUACUGGACAAGAUCUGUUCCCUGCGCACGAGCUGCAACCAAAUCACGAACCAGAUUGCCGGCCGCAUGCCCCUCUCGUACGUUCAGUUCGUACAGGUGCUGGUGGAUUUCUUUCUGUUCCUGGUUCCCCUUGCCCACUAUAAGGGACUCGGACUAUGGGCCGUCCUCUCCACCGGAAUCCUUUCCAUCUUUUACUCUGGGUUGCUGGACCUGGCGUACGAUUUUCUGGAUCCGUUGAUGGACGAUAAGGAAUACAAGGGGAGCGGCAAAGAUGGAGACAACGGGGAUGACCACUGCGCCGUGUAUUUCGAUCUGGCCGUUUUGAUCCGUGAAUCGACGGCCGCGGCGCAUAGAUGGAUCAACGCGGGUGCCAAACUCGGACGACGAUAACUAGGAUUACUGGGGUUGAUGCCUCUCUGUGAACACUGGUAGUAGUGUUGACGCCAUGUGUUUGGUAUAUGCGGGACGUACGAGUACCUUCGCUAAAGAUUUAUGAACUUGCCCAAUUGUGCACCUUCCACGAGGGCUCAACUAGCGUUUUGAUGGCGAUUUGUAUUAAAAACCGUGCACAAGC